AUGUCUCGCUCGAUUGUCUUUGCUCUCUACUACACCUCCGUCGUAGCACAAUCGGUGCAGCAUCUAGGUGUCUCCUGCAUCGGCAGUACACAACAAUGUGGUCCAAGGGGAGGCAUUGGGGACGGUGCACACCCUGUACUCACCGCACAGUCGUUCAUUACUGAUGCUUUGCUCUCAACCACGCCCAACUCAACUCGUCAACUCGCUUCAGGUCCACCGCCGGUUCUAAUCCAAGCGUUACCCAGCAGUACUUCCUCAUGUACUCCACGCAGAGACAUCAUCAUCGACACUGCCAAUGGUGCUCAGCAAGAAAUGGUCGGGUUUGGACAUGCUUGGACUGACUCGACAGUGAGCGUGUUCAACACCCUCGAUAACGCCACAUUAGCCCAAGUCCUCGAAGACCUCUUCGGCCAGUCCGGAAAUAACAUGGGCUUCAUGCGGCACACCAUUGGCUCCAGCGACCUCAGCGGCGAACAGUAUACGUACGACGACAACGGUCCCAGUUUCAACGAGGGAGAGCCGUUGGAUCUCUCACACUUCAGCAUCGAACCCUACGGCUCCGCCAUGGCCGGCAUGAUUGCGAAGAUGGGAGCAGUAAAAGGUGACGUCUUCCUCUUUGGCUCGCCCUGGUCAUAUCCCGGCUGGACCAAGUUCAACGAUCUGUUCAUCGCACCGAACCUCAACGUGCCCAACGGAGGGAGCUACAACAUCUUGAACAACAGCUUCAAUCCGGCGUUCAUUCUGCAGAUGGUGACCUACUUCUCCAAAUAUAUCGACGCCUUCCGCAGUCACGGCGUCCAAGUCAAUGGCCUUACACCCAUGAAUGAACCGCUCAAUUAUCAGGGCGGCUAUCCCUGCAUGUACCUAUCUGACGUUGAUGCCGCCAAUCUCAUAGCGCGGGGGCUAGGUCAGGCAAUGCACGACCGCGGAGUGAUCAUAAUGGCGUACGACCACAACACAGAUCAGCCCGUCUAUCCUGCACGCGUGGUUCUGGGCACCGGAGGCGAAGGCGCUCUCACGGACGCAGCGGCCUGGCACUGCUACGCAAGCCCCGUAGCCAAUGACUCCGUCAUGAGCGACUUCAAGACCAUGUUCCCCAACACACUACAGUUCAUGACCGAGUGCUCGAAUUACCUGCCUCAGAGCGGGACGUGGAAUUUCGAAGUCGCGAGUAAUUUCAUACCGCCUGUCACGCACGGCGCGUCUGGGGCUGCGAUGUGGGUGACGGCCACGGACGAGUCAUACGGCCCGCACAGUCCCUACGGUGGAUGCGCGGGCUGUCUUGGGAGUAUUGUCGUCAAUUCGAGUAAUACUUACACCAGGACGAAUGACUACUAUAUGGUCGGGCAGUUUAGUAGGUUCGUGCGUCGUGGGGCGGUGAAUUACCAGGUUCUUGGGGAGGGCAAUGAAGGCGAUGCGAGAGGCGCGAAUCAGUUUUAUACAAUGGCUGUGCAGAAUCCCGAUGGCAGCUUCGCGGUCGUCAUGAUGAACAAUUGGGGCAGCGAUCAAGAUGUUGUGCUGGAGAUUGGUCAGGGGCAUUGGCAGGGUACAGUGCCUAACGGGACGGUGACGACGUGGUUGAUUCCUGCUGAGGCUUUAUGGUGGGGUCAGGGGCAGAAUGCGACAGGAACGUACAACUCAACACAGGGAGGCGCAGGAGGGAGUGUGAGCACGAGCGCCGUAUGUGCAACGACGGCGAGCAGUUCGAGUCAGAGCACAACCAGCACGACCGCUCUGGAGCCGGUGCUGGAUACGACGCAUACUAUUGCUUCGGUGAUCACGACGGUGAUGGGGCGAAGGAAGCAUGUUGCAUAG